UACUGUACUUCUUUUUCCUCUCUCUCUCUUUCUCUGCACUGUAAGAUGAGUGUUGCUGUAUGCACUGGAUUUUUUGCUGCAUGGAGUCCAUAUGCUAUCAUAGCCAUGUGGGCGGUCUUUGGAUCCAUGGAGAGGAUUUCUCCGCUAAUUUUUGUGGUGCCAGCUGUCUUUGCAAAAUCCUCAACACUCUACAACCCUGUUGUUUAUCUUCUCCUGAGGCCUCAUUUCCGAAAUACCAUUGCCCAAGAUUGUGCAGAUCUUCAGCAAUUAUGCAUCAGGACUUGCUUUUGUCUCAAAGCCCUACCGAACUGCAGCUACAGAUCAGUUCUGGAGGUCAGCCUGAGAACAUUUAAAGGGCGAAAUGAAUCCAGCUGUAACUCUGUGCAGACAGUAGAAGGAUGCUCCCCCUCUCUCCCUUGUGAAAAGUGCAAUGAUACUUUUGAAUGCUUUAAGAACUAUCCAAAAUGCUGUCCUGAAAGGUUAAGUACUAUAGAGUGCACUACUCAAGAAAAUGUGUCCUUUGAGAAUAACUUCCAAGUUAAAGUGAAGCAGGGUACCAAGAAAUCUGUAAGAGUGGUUGUUCGAGGAGAAAAAAGAUCUGAAACUGACCAUUUGGAAAUCACUUUAGAAACAACACCUGUGUGCAGUAGAUUUACAAACCUUUAAGGUUUGUUAAAUAAAACCUUCCAGAAAGUAAUGAACUUAUGAAUGCAACCUUUUCUAAACAUCCCUUCCACCAUUCCCUUUUCUAUACAGUUCUCCUGACUCCCUUCCAUGUCCCCUGUUAAAAUGUUUUGUAUUCUGUGAGUUCAAGACACACAACUUUAAUGUAAAUAAGAAAGUUUUAAAAGAUGGCCUGCUGUUUUAAGUAUUGUAAAAAUUAAAAGAUAAAUGCUA